AUGCCGACACAAUUACUCACCGUAAACGCAAUUACAAAAGGGUUUGUAGCUAACCAACCGCCAAUAGUUAAAAACAUUAGCUUCAGCGUAUACACGGGCGAAAUUUUCGCGCUUUUGGGACCCAGCGGUUGCGGAAAAACCACCACCUUGCGCCUCAUCGCCGGUUUUGAGAAGGCAGACACUGGCACAAUCUCUAUGGCAGCGCGCGCACUUGAUGACAGCAAUAUCCAUGUACCACCUGAAUCACGAGGCAUCGGUUUUGUAUUUCAGGACUAUGCCCUCUUUCCACACAAAAAUGUGCUUGAAAACGUCGCUUUCGGUCUCCGAAAGGUAUCCAAAAAGAAGCGACAGGAGAGGGCGUUUGAGGUGCUGGAAAUGGUCGGAUUGACGAACCUACAUUCGCGUUUACCACACCACCUCUCCGGCGGCGAGCAGCAACGGGUCGCGUUGGCGCGUGCCAUCAUCGCACGUCCGAAACUGCUCCUCCUGGACGAACCCUUUUCAAGUCUCGAUCCGGGACUACGGCAGUCUACCCGCGAGGAAGUCCGCUCGCUCCUAAAAGCCGAGGGGAUUAGCGCGGUGCUCGUCACACACGCGCAGGAGGAAGCAUUGAGUUUUGCUGAACGGUUGGGAGUGAUGAAAGAAGGCACCCUUGAACAGAUCGGCACCCCUGAAAGGGUGUACCGCCAUCCGCAAACGGCUUAUGUCGCAGAUUUUCUGGGACAGACAAACUUCAUUCACGCACACAUCAAAGAUGGGAUCGCAGAAACCCCGUUCGGACGUGUAAAAGUAGAAGGGGCUGACAGUGGGAACGCUCUUCUCUCUAUCCGACCUGAAUGUUUGCAGAUGAUAACGCCUGACUCUCAGGGCAACACCAAAAGCGGGCGUGUCGUGGGACAGGCGUUUAAAGGGCAUGAUUUCACAUAUCAGGUCGAGGUGGACGGACAGCAGUACUUCAUCCAGACCGACUACCGUUGUCCGUUUCAGAUUGGGGACACUGUUCUGUUGAAAGCAGAAUCGGCGGUAGCUGUUACGCCUGACCCCGCAUAA